AUGGCACGGCUUGCUGUCCGCCAGAACGGGUCUUGCCCGGCCAAUGCGCAGUGGUAUGUCUGCGCUGCUGGUGGGUUCAAGGGCUGCUGUUCGGUCGAUCCGUGCACGACGGGGGUCUGUCCGGAUGAGAGUGGCAGCAGUGGAAGCAGUGGUGGUAGUAGCAGCAGUUCUUCUCUCGUUGAUGCUGCUCCUACCAUGAAGGAUGAGCCCGUCUCCUUGACAACCUUGGUUCAAGAGCCUGCCACAUCCACAAUAUCUACUUCGUCUGCACUAGCUUCUACUCCUACAUCUUCAUCGGAGACCAGCACAGAGGCCCCUUCAUCUGUCAGGAGUACAUCGACAGCUUCAAGAGCUUCUUCCACGACGAUGGCCACAACUACAUCCUCUACCUCAACUCGACAUCCUACCACGACACUCGCUUCAACAACAUCAACAGCCCCUACCCAGUCCACUACUCAAGCAAGCCUCGCAACAUCCCAAGACGUAGGCACAUGGCACCCCACCGCAGCCCUAAUAGGGGGAACAGUGGCCGGGGCCGUAGGCCUCGUCCUUCUCGUCAUUUUACUAGUCUUCUGCGUUCAGCGUGCCCGAAAACGAAGACACCAAACCUUUACCUUGCUACGAUGGCGCAGUAUACAUAACAGCAAACCCGAGUCACAGAAUGGAACCUCACCCCGUCCACCACCAACAGCAAGAACCAGAAGAAGAAGAAGCACCUCCCCCUUACCCAAGUACACCCAUCACACUCACACCCACAAACACAAGCACAAACACAAGCACAAACACAGUCACAGCCACACACCAUCCCUCCCCAAUUUCACAUUUCCCGACUCAACACCAUCCUACCCCUACAAAAAGAACCGGGCUGCUGAACUCAGCGACACAGGCUUCUACCGUCCUCGUGCUGAGCUCCCCGCUCAAUCCUCUCGGGAAUUGAUCAAUAUCCCCGUUGAGAGAGGAUGCCGAUGGGAUUGUGAUGGUGGAGAUGGGGCGUCGGAUAUGAUUGUUACGGCUGAUGGGGCGGUGCUGUGGGCGACGAUCAAGACAGUGGAGGCGGAUAGUCCGUUUGCUGUUUAUGAUGGUGAUGGGACGAGGGACGGAGGACCUCCAGGGUAUUCUGGGAUUGAGUAUGGGAUGAGUGGUGGGUGUGGAGUGUGGGGGGAUGAUAAAGUGAAGAACAUGAACAAUCUCCAAAACCUGAAACUGAUGCACAAGCAAACCCAUAACAUCAACCGAGCAGGAGCAUAG